CAAUGGAAGGCGAGGGGUGUGGCUUUGAAGGGAAUGGCCGCCCGGGCGGAAGCGGAGAACGAGGCCGGCAUGGCUGGGGCUUUCCCGGCGAUGCCCGCUGAGGAGGGGUCGGCGGUGGUCGAGCGGGGGCGGCCCGAGAGGUUCCAGCUGAGCCCCGCCGCCCGGAAGGCGCGGCCCUCUGACCUCGUGGCUCUGGCCGAGCAGUUGGAGAAGGCAGAUGACUUUAUACGAGCGAACGCUUGCAACAGAUUGACCGUGAUUGCUGAACAAAUCCGAUACUUGCAAGAACAAGCCAGGAAGGUUUUGGAAGAAGCUAACCGGGACGCUGACCUCCACCAUGUGGCUUGUAACUUUGUCAAGAAGCCGGGCAAGGUCUACUACCUAUACAAGAGGGAAAAUGGCCAACGCUACUUCUCUAUGCUUUCUCCAGAGGUACAGACCUGUUUUUUUCUGGGAAGAGCCUGAUAAAGUAAAUGGGGU